CAGUGAAUGCUGUAUCAUUUCGUACAUCCGGAAGCCGAGUGCAUUCCAUUAGAGAGUAUUAGAAGUACAUUUCAAAGUAUUGCCAAACGUUUCAGAACGCUUGCAUAACGCGCCGAAAGAAAGUAAGAAAACACGCGCGCCCUCUGUGCCGAAAAUAGCCGAUGUGGCGGUCGGGCUUGAAACGGUACCACAUAAAAUCGUGAGUUACGGUUGGCAACGAUGUCAUCGUUAUCUAUAAAAGUUGGAGAUAAACACGGCCGUAGCCUGAGGAUACGGUAACCGAUAGAAGCCGGUAGUAUGAUCGUGGCUGUCUGUCUGUAAACACUGUCGCGUGUUCUAUGCCGUUAAAUACCAACGCUUAAAGGUCACAUCAGUCUAAAGGCGCGACUUCUAUCAGGCGGAUAGUUGAUAGCAUCGAUCGAUCGAUAAAUCGUUAACGCGUCGAGAAAAGUAAAAGUCCAGUUCGAUCGUGCAACUCUGCUCGUUUUUUGUCGGUCGCGCGACCGCGAACUGAGUGCCGGCCCGGUGUCUGGCGCGUCGUUCGUGUGUGCCGUGUUUGUGUGUGGGUGCGCGUUGUACGGUGUGGAGUGCGCGUGCCACUCGUCUCUCCUCGACGGAACAUGACGGCAGAACAUGAAAACGACACGAGGGUCAGGUUAAGGAGGACCAAAAGCGUCACUAGGGCCGAGGAGAUCCAAAAAGCCGAAAUGAUGGUGCGCAGAUCGCAGCCUGACAAACCAUGUCAUCGUCCUAGAGACAGUCUCUUCUCCUGGAGCUCUGGCUUCGACAACUUCACGGGAUUCGUCAACUGGGGCUUCCUGUUGUUGGGCAUCGGUGGAAUCCGAUUGCUGUUGGAAAAUUUCAUAAAGUACGGUAUUAGAGUGGAUCCGCGGCAAUGGCUUCUGUUUCUGAGUGGCACGUACGCAGGAGGAGAGGAACAUCCUUCGAUUCUACUUGCCAUAUAUUCAACGGUACCCAUAGGACUCUGCCUACUGAUCGAAAAGGGACUAUCCGCGGAUAUCAUAGCUCACGGGCCAGGAAUGGUGUUCCACGUCGUAAACCUCAUCGUGAUGGUGCUGUUGCCGAUGGUGGUCAUCCAAGUGAAGGAUUCCGGAUUCAGCCUGUUCGGUGCCAUGUACGUGUGCAUGCUGUACGCCAUCCUGUUCCUGAAGCUAUGGUCGUACGUGCAAGUGAACAUGUGGUGUCGGCUGAGCAGUCGAAGAAAGACAGUGAGCCAAGGCAGAAUACGACGGCAAUCCCUGUCGUACAACAAUUUACAGUCUUCCAGCGUGAACGGCGCAGAGGUCGACGACUCGAAGCACGAGGUAGACGGAGCUGGUACCGUCUUGGUGCAAUAUCCGGACAACUUGAAUCUCCGCGAUCUUUACUACUACAUCCUGGCCCCUACGCUCUGCUACGAACUGAAUUUCCCUAGGACACAAAGGAUUCGGAAAAGAUUUUUGAUUAAACGUAUCCUGGAGGUCGUGGUCGGCUGCCAAGUGGUCAUGUCGCUGUUUCAACAAUGGAUGGUCCCGUCCGUGAAGAACUCGCUGGUGCCGUUCAGCAACAUGGACGUGGCGAAGGCUUCUGAACGGCUGCUGAAAUUAGCUAUACCGAACCAUCUGGUGUGGUUAUGCUUCUUCUACUUGAUGUUCCAUUCGUUCCUGAAUCUGAUGGGUGAACUGUUGCAUUUCGCCGACCGGAAUUUCUACUGCGACUGGUGGAACGCGAAUAACAUCGACACUUUCUGGAGAACAUGGAACAUGCCGGUGCAUCGAUGGGCUUUGCGGCAUUUGUACAUUCCUGUCAUCGAAAUGGGAUACAGAAAAUCGACCGCGUCCAUCACCGUUUUCUUCAUCAGUGCUUUCUUUCAUGAGUACCUCGUCAGUGUCCCUUUGAGGACCUUCAAAAUUUGGGCAUUCAUGGGAAUGAUGGGACAGAUGCCAUUAUCGUUGCUAAGUAAGAAGGUGGAGCAGCAUUGGGGCUCCAGAUGGGGCAAUAUCACGGUGUGGGCGAGUCUCAUUAUCGGACAACCACUUUGUAUAAUGAUGUAUUACCACGAUUACGUGGUUACUCAUUUCGGCGAAACACUGAUCGAGGAUUAUUCGGUGGUAUAAAAUUAUCGAUGUGGACUACAAUCGACCAUCAACGAAGAUACAACAUUUCUUUGAAGAAUCGUGCGCUCACCGUUUCAUCGAUCGUGCUUCUUUUCACGAUUCUUUUCUUUCGAGUGCUCAUUGCGAACUGUUUUCGAGAAUCGUUCAGUGAUGGGUCGUUAGAGGUUAAAAAAUUGUUGAACAUAGAAAUUUCUGAUUUUUCAAUUUUACCCAUCACUGAUCUAGAAAAUUGUUGAACGAAAGUAAAGCGCUGAUAAAUGUAUGCGUUUAUAGAGGUGCUGCUAUCGAGCCACUGAUACUUAAUAUUCUUAAAAAAUUGUUAAGGUGCAGAUGAAAAUAGUGUAACUCAUUCAAACCUAUUCUUCUCUGUAUUUAUCUUAGACUGCACAUUCUACUAAAUUUUACAAUUGCUCACCUUUACACCUUCUGUGUUCCACGGUCCAUGUUUUUUAUUAAUUAUAAAUGUAACAAUAUAGGAAUUUUUUUAUACACUUUGUAUGUUUUAUAAAAUGUACAUAUAUCUAUGUAUACUGUAAUCAUAAAGAUAAGUUUUUAAGCAUAUCUCAUAUCGUUUAGUAUGAAUAAGUUAUCGAUAAUUUGAUAAGUAACAAAGAAGAAUAAAGUUUUGAUAUUCGAGUUACACAUUCUACAAUGAACGUUACAAGGACUUAAUACUAUAGGGGAAUACAAGGAAACUACCGCAAUAUCAUAAUUUAAGAGCAGCUCAAUAUAUUGCCAACUCCGAUACUCCGCUUGUUAAACCCUAUCCUCCAUGGCAAUAUAACGAGAGUAUUGUAACUCGAUUACUCCCUUAACAAUAACAUAUUAACGGAUUAUCGAUAGCAGUUCGCUAUUAUCGAUAGCAGCAUAUCUACUCCGUAAGCCAAACUUUGAAUCGCGAACAAGUGCCUUAAGUAUUACACGGCGACGUUCGAUUAUCGAUCGAUUUAGCGUGAAGAACAGAGAAAAGCAAUAUGCUGAGAUUAUAAUGUUAUAACGUGUGACUGCAGGACACGAGAACUUUUAUCAUUUUCUGUAAACGGGGUGACGGUUUCGAGUUUACUCAUUAACAUUCGUGUUUAGCUGUAAGACUGUUAACCGCUUUGAUACCGGCAUUUUGAGAUCCCUGUAUUUUCUAAGUGUUUCGAAGAUUGUGAGAAGCGAUAGAAAUUCGAAAGUGUCGCUCCUGGUUAUAAAAGACAGGGUAAACUCCUCGGAUACGUUGAUUGAUUCGAACGAUUUUAUAUUUGUAAGCUUGUAAACGGGCCCCGUAAAUCCACGGCGCUCGACUUGAGCCAUACUUCAACGCGUAUAUUAUCCGUGCGUUAAGACAAUAAUUCAUCGUAUUUUUUCUAUUUCGCAUCGUUUUACGACCCCGACACACCGAGAGAAACGCAUCGAGAAUAUUAACCGUAGUAAAUUUAUCCCCUAUCGCGAUAAAUUUGUCCGGGACUGCGUAUUCGGCAAAUAUUUUAGCCACUCGUGCGUAUCGCGAAAGCAUUUACGACGAAGCAGAUGCCGAAGCGGAGGAUUUAACGAGCCACCUUUCAUUGUACGAAUACAGCGACGAUUUUGUAGAUUUCAUUCUGCGCUCGCUAUCGCGUGCCACCGCGAGCGCAGACUGAUUGUCGAAUAAACGAGAUCUUUGUUA